CUCACCAGCCUGAAGGACCAGGCUAUUGGUGAAUAUGAAGAGCUUAGAGCAGAAAAUAAGAAGACGAAAGAGGAGUGUGACAAAAUCAAACAAGAACGAGAUGAGGCUGUCAAAAAACUGGAGGAGUUUCAGAAAAUUUCUCACAUGGUUAUUGAAGAAGUAAACUGUAUUCAGAACCAUCUUGAAAUUGAGAAGACAUGCCGUGAAAGCGCUGAGGCUUUGGCUUCUAAGCUCAACAAAGAAAAUAAGACCUUGAAAAGAAUUAGUAUGCUUUAUAUGGCAAAACUGGGCCCAGAAAUUAUUACUGAAGAGAUUAACAUUGAUGAGGAAGAUUCAUCCACAGAUACAGAAGCUAGCUCUGGGGCAUGCAAUUCGGUGCAUUGUCAACGUCAAAUAAAAGAGCUGCAAGAUCAAAUUGUAUCUGUUCAUGAGGAAAAGAAGACCUUAGCCAUUGAACUGGAAAACCUGAGGUGCAAACUUGUAGAAGUAAUUGAAGAAGUGAAUAAGGUGAAAGAAGAAAAUGCCGUUUUGACAAUGGAAGUUAAUAAGCAACAAAAACUUUUGGAAAAAUGUAACAGAGUGUCUGUGCUGGCAGUAGAGGAAUAUGAAGAACUUCAUGUAAAUUUUGAACUGGAAAAGAAUCUGCGGAAGAAAGCAGAGUCAUUUGCACAGGAGAUGUUUAUUGAACAGAACAAGAUGAAAAGGCAAAGUCAGCUGCUUCUGCAAAAUUCUGCUCCUGAUCAACAACUUUUGAAAGCUUUGGAUGAGAAUGCUAAGCUGACUCAUACAUUAGAAAAAGAGAGACUUCAGCAUCAACAAAAGGUCAAAGAAUUGGAAGAGCAGCUAGAAAAUCAAGUACUACAUAAGGAGAUCAGUCGUCUUAAACAACAACUAGAACUUUUGGAAGAAGAUAAAAAGGAACUAGAGCUUAAGUGUCAGAACUCUGAAGAAAAAGCUAGAGACCUAAAGCAUUCAGUUGAUGAACUUCAAAAACGAGUACACCAGUCAGAAAAUCCUGCACCACCACCUCCACCGCCACCACCUCCUCCUCUCCCUCCCCCCCCUCCUCCUAACCCGAUACGGUCUCUCAUGUCGAUGAUUCGUAAGAGAUCUCACUCCAACACCAGUGUGAGCAAGAAGGAGAAACCUCCUCAGCAGGAUUCAGCUGGUGAAGAAGUUACAGAUCUCAAGAGACAAGCUGUUGAAGAAAUGAUGGACAGAAUUAAAAAGGGAGUUCAUUUGAGGCCAGUCAACCAGUCAAGCAGAUUUAAAACAAAGCCAGAAACACCAAAAUCCUCUGAAAGUGCAAUGAAAGAACUGAAAGGGAUUCUGGAAACACUUAACAAAUCCACUAGUUCUCGAAGCUUAAAAUCCCUUGAAACGGACAGCAGCGAAACAGAGCUAGAACAAGUUCUGCGACGCCGAAAAGUAACAACUGACCAGGACAGUGGCAAUCCCACUGGAAUUUUGGCCACAUCAGAAUCAAAGUCUCUGCCUGUGUUGGGCUCAGAAGCCAGUGCUGCUCAAACAGCAUUGAACAAGAAAGAACUGGAGACAGAAUUUAAUUGCAAAGUACCUGAUUCAGAUUCUAUUUCUAACCAACUAAAGAGUAGCACAAGUUCCAAGGCUACAUUAAAAUCACCUAGUCAUAUGGGAUUUACAAGAAAAGCUUCUACCAGUGAAAAAGAGACAGAAUCUGUUGUGGUUUUAGAUCCUGUUUCCACCAGUAUGGAGUCUGAAAACAUGUUAAAUCAACCCAAAAUGAAUGAGGAAAAAAGUAAAUCACUGCAAAAAGAAACUAGUGUCGAGAAAAUAAAAGAGACAGACAGUUCUAAUUGUUAAUUAUUAUGCCAAAAGGCUGUAAGUUUGGGGAAUCUUUAUCUGGAGAUGUAAAUUGCUUAGGUGUGGUACUAGGGGCUACAGUCUGUACUCCAAACAGUUUUCAAUAAUACCAAUUGAAAUGGUCUUUUUUAAUGCUGUUUUGUUAUAUGCAUUAAUGGGUUAAAUAACUAUGCAUUACUCUGUCCCUUUCACAUUUUAGUUUCACUGGUAUGGUUAAGAUGUUCUUAGAUACUGUCAGUUACCUCUUCUUUAAAACUGUGUUUGAAAAAAGUUUUUUUUAAUUAUUCUUUUCAUGAAGAGAUACUUUUUAUAGGUCUGUUCUAAAGCUUGCUGGAAGCCCCUUGCAUUCUUCUUGACUUGAAUGGGCUUUGGGUUAGAUCCUAGGAUGGUGAUCACACACAAAAAUCAUGCCUAGUAUGGGGCAUAAUAUGAAUAAUGAGAAAAUCAGCUUUAGAUGCAUUGCCUUAAAAAUAUUUUAUGUCUAUUUAAAACAAGGUCUUGUAGGUCUCCUUAUUGUGUCUUGGCAAAGACUAUUUUGAAUAUUUUGAAAUAUAAAAGCACAAGCAUAACACUUUUGCUUCAGUUUGCCUAGUAGAGAGCUAGUAUGAAGAAUAAAAGCACAGGCAGUGUAGCAUGUCAUUUUGAUAGCAAGGCUUUUGGUAAUGAUAGCCCAAGUCAGAAGUUUGAGGGUUGAGAUUGGUGUUAUUGUUUGGAUUAAAGCUCUUUAAAGGAGGGCCUGUCUGCUAGGUUUUAAUGUUACGUAGUAAUGUUACAAGUUUGGAUCUGAUGCAACUGGAGUCUUCAGAUGCUUUAAAAAAACAAAUUAUCAUAGGCUCCUGUGAGUAUGGGCUACAUCUGGGAUUCAGUCACUGCAGAAUUCCAAGUUAUUUGGAAUUAGUAUUUUGAGAACUCCCAGAUCAAGCCCAGCGGCACUAACAAAUAAAUCUUUGCUCUGAGCAUUGUAUAAGGUGUUGGCACUAAUUUCUUUAUUUCAUAAAACAAAAACCAGUUUGUCUCAACCCUUCUUUCCAGUGAAGAAAACGUGAUAGGUACAUCAUUUGCUCCACUGGCAAUUCACAUUCCAUUGUAGUUUUUUAAAUUCAACACAGUAUUUCAUUAUUCUAUAAUGAACAAACCUAAUCAGGGAUUUACUUAAAGAAGAUUGGUGUAACUGAAACUGGGUGGUCAUGUACUUGAAUGCAUUUGUAUUAUUUUUUAUUUAAUGAUCCGAAACAGUGAUAGUACUAAAGGAUGAAUGUUCCAAGUUUGUUGGUUUGACACUGCAUGCAACUGUCUGGUACUUUUCCUAAACAUAAAUUGAUAGUAAUGAGUAUGGUAGUUUGACAUCUUUUUUGGUGUUUUUGCAUGUUUGCUAAGAAAAUCUUGGAUUUGAUCUAAUUACUGAACAACGUAUAAUUCCUAAAUUUGGGGAAAUUAGU